UUAUCCCAUGGGUGAGAUCCCCGAAUCGGUACGAGGCUGCUCUGUCUCGUCUCUCUCGCAGUCUCGCCCCGACCUAUCUCUCCUGCGAUCUGGACGAUGCGGCGGCGCGGUGGCGCGGCGGCGAGGGCUGAUGGACGGCGGCUUUGCAACCAGUAGAGCAGAUCAAGGACGUGUGGUUCUCCCUUCCUCCUCCCUCCCAAACCGGUGGCAGAGAUACCAACAGAGCGGGGCGGGAUAGACCCGGAACCCCACCUCCAUCCGAGCUCGGCGUCGCCCGUGAGACGUCAUCUCCGGCGCCCUCUCUAUCUCCGGCUGCUUCGAACUGGUAGCAAACUGCAAAAUAUAUAUAUGGUGUUUGAUGAAGUUUUUUUUGUGCCAUUGCCACAGCCAGCAAGCCAGGCUGAUACUGCCGUGAUGUCUUUCCUGUCGCCACCGACGCACAUGCGAUACGGCCACUCCAAGGAGGCGGCAGCAGGCCACGUGUCGCCGCGAACAACAUUGACAUGCAGAUGAUGGCUCUGGCGGUACACCACGGCUGAUACUGCACGCAACGACUCCUCCUCCGUGGCGCUACACCACGGCCGAGCCACCAGUGGUGUGGCGAUCAGGGUGCAGGACCUGAAUGGCAUGCUUGUGAUGGUGCACUAUUCGAGUAUGCUGGCGAUGCUCCAAGACACAUUGGCAUACAUGGAUGGAUCAUAGAGCUGGCAAGGUGCUACUGCUCAAGAGCAAGGAGAACCGGAAGAGCUUGGCCACGACACUUUUGCCGGGAUUGUGGCAACGAAGAUUCAGAAGCAGAGUAGGCAAUAAUGAAACCAAAUGCUUAUAUGCAGAUUGUUGCUCAUAGAAAGUAUCAGGCUCACAACCAUCUGAAUCCAAACACUGUCUCCCUAAUGUUAUGUAUGAGUAUGAUCUGAGAUUUAGCUGUAUGAGUAUCUGUAUGAGUAUCGAUCUAAGUUAUAACUGUGUGAGAAUCAGUACUGUGUAAAAGAUGGUCUGUGCAGUGCCGGAUACAUUGGGGUUUAACCGAACGACAGUAAUCGCUAGAAUUCUGGGGGAAGGGAAGAGUGGGGAUUGGUGUGAGGAGAGCGGGUUCACCCAAACCCCUGGGUGGGUCCAUCCCUGGGUGGAUUGAUACCACAUGAACCGAACGAGGCCUCAGUGAUGUGGACUGGUGGUUGAGACCAGGACUAUUUUGUUCGCUUUUGUUCUUCUAUGUUGAUUAUUUUUAUUUUGCAAGAAGGUCACGAGUUUGUUCCCCGUCUCCUACCUUAUAUGGAAGAAUGUGUAGUUUCUUGUGCACGCCCCUUGUUUCCCCUCUUCAUCUAUACACCUCUGCCGAUUUCCAAGGAGAAUGGAGGAGCAUGUUCUUUCGUCAGCUGAUCUCAAUAGCUACAUUUCGCAUCAGGCAUCCUGAUCACAUAGCUUCCAUCACCUCUUGUCUUGGCAAGCAACAACGGGAACGAGCACGGCAGCUAUUCCUGUUUAGUGAUCCCGGCCAGCUACCUACCUGCUGCUGACCUUUAGCUUUGCAGAAGAUCGAUGGAAACCCAAGAAGGUGAUGCACACAGCUCUGAAUCCGAUGCCUCCAAAGAGAAAGGGAGAGGUGGAUUUGUAGCCCUACCGUUCAUCAUAGCAAAUGAGAUGUUGGAGAGAGUUGCUGGAUUCGGGCUCAACACCAACAUGAUCAUGUACCUCACCAAGCAGUACCACCUGAGCAAUGUCACUGCCGGAGCAACGCUGUUCGCAUGGGCGGCGGCAGCAAAUUUUGCACCCAUUCCCGGCGCGUUGAUAGCCGACAUGUACAUAGGCCGGUUCGUGGCCAUUUCGAUAGGAUCCAUUGCAUGUCUAACAGGGAUCGUUUUCCUAUGGCUUAGCGCCAUGAUACCCGGCGCACAGCCGCCACCGUGCGGCAUAGGCCUCGCUCCGGCGCAGUGCACGCCCCCGGGGCCGAGGCACCUCGCCUGGCUGAUAGCCGGCUUCACCUUCCUGUCCAUCGGCGCGGGCGGCAUCCGGCCGUGCUCCAUGGCGUUCGGCGCGGACCAGUUCUCCAGGCACCCCAAGGAGCAGCGGUCCAGGAUCCUGCAGGCCUACUUCAACGCCUACUACGCGUCCAUAGGGGUGGCCUUCACCGUCGCCGUCACGGUGAUCGUCUACGUGCAGGACAACGUCGGGUGGAAGGCCGGGUUCGCCGUCCCCAUGGCCCUCAUGACGCUCUCCGCGGCGAGCUUCCUCCUCGGCUCCCGACUCUACAUCAAGGAGAAGGGGUCCAAGCAGAUGUUCUCCGGGAUCGGAGGCGCGAUCUUGGCGGCAGUGAAGAACUACAGCGUGCGGUUGCCGGCCAAGACGGAGGACGGCGUGUACCAUCACCUCAAGGACUGCAAGCUCACUGUCCCCACAGAGAAGCUGAGGUUCUUGAACAAGGCUUGCAUGAUCAGCAGCUUUGGGAACGGGGACUCACAUGGCAAUGGUGAGUCGGCCUCGGAGUGCCACGUCAACGGCGACAGAAGGCUGUGCACGGUGGACCAGGUGGAGCAGCUCAAGUCCGCGAUCCGAAUCCUACCCAUCUGGUCGUCCACCGUGUUCCUGGCGCAGGCCAUAGGCCAGAACUACGCCGUGUUGCAGGCCAACGAGAUGGACCGGCGCAUGGGCGCGUUCCGCGUGCCGGGCUGCUCCCUCACCAUGUUCAACAUGGUCACCAUGUCGCUGUGGUCGGGCAGCUACGACCGGUGGAUCGCCCCGGCGCUGCGGCGCGUCACGGGCAACCCGCGCGGCCUCACCAUGAAGCAGCGCAUCGGCGUCGGCCUGCUGCUCGCCACCGCGGCCAUGGCCGUGUCCGCUGCCGUGGAGGGCGCGCGGCGCAGCCAGGCGCUGGCCGGAGGAACCGCCGCCGCCCCCAUGUCCGCGUUCUGGCUCGUGCCGCAGUUCGCGCUCAUGGGGCUCGCCGAGGCGUUCGGCGUCAUCGGGGAGCUCGAGUUCUUCUACACCGAGCUGCCCAAGAGCAUGGCCAGCUUCAGCAUGGCGCUGCUCUACAUGGCACUGGGGGUGGGCAACCUCGUCAACAGCUUCAUCGUCAAGGUCGUCGACGGGGCCAGCAGGCGUGGGGGCAGGACGAGCUGGCUCUCCAGCGAUCUGAAUGCCGGCCACUACGACUACUACUACUGGCUGCUCGCCUGUUUGGGCGCCGUCAACUUUGUCUACUUCCUCUGGUGCGCCUGGGCGUACGGCGAGGAGGAGAAGAACGUGCAGUGGGAAGAGGAGGGCGAGGCAGAACGACCGGUGGCUUAGUUUUGUAGGUUCAGCUCAGCCGCCUCCCUCCGUGUUACAUAGGCCAUUUUUACCGCGAGUCUGCACUCGGAGUGACUUGUGGGACGAAAUUCACUUGUUGAAGGUUUCAAAGUUCCCAAGAACACAUAAAGGCAUCCCUCCCAGCCACUCAUUUUGCCGUGCGUUAGUGAACACCAUUGUCUAUUGGUUUGCAUCUUUUUCAGAGAUAUUACCUCCAUUCCAAACAUUCAA